CAAUGUUCGUUUCCCCUAAGAUUCGUCGUCUCCAGCCUCACCCUCGCCCUCAGCUGCUGCAGCAACAACAGCAGGAGGAACAGCAGCUGCAACAGCAGAAGCCGCUGCUGCUACAGAAGAAACAGCAGCAGUUUCAGCAGAAACAGCAGCAGCUGCAGAAGGAACAACAGCCGCAGAACCAGCAGCAGACGCAGAAAGAACAACAGCUGCAGCAGCAGCAGCAACAACAACAGAAACAGCAGUUGCAACAGCGUGAGCAGCAUCAGCAGCAUCUCCUCGAGAAGGAAGAGCAUCAACAGUAUUACCAGCACUACCAGCAUCCCCAGCACCAUUAUCAGCAUCCGCAACAUCUUCAACAGCAUCUUUACCAACAACAGCAGCAGCAGCAGCAUUUUGUCAAUCAAGAACAACAUUAUCAACAGCCACAGCAGCAACGCUCUCAACAUCAGCAACACUUCCAGAGCCAGCAGCAGCAGCAGCAGCAGCAACAACAGCAGGAUCCCCAGACUCAGGAGCAUCAGUGUCAACGGCAACAACAGCAGCUGCAACAACACCAGCAGCAACCACAGCUGCAACAACAACAGUUACAGCAGCAGUAGCAGCGGCGUCCCUUGGGCCCUACCUGCCCUCUAAGGCAGGUGUGAUGGAGAUAGAUAUUGGCAAUGAUAAUGGCAGGAUGGCGUGGCGGCGGUGGCAGUGUAGUGUAAAAUCAACGGAGAUGGAGGCAACAAUAGCUACAGAAGCAGCAGCAGUGACAAAUAGGAAGCUUUUCACAGCCCUGUUGCCUCUCCUCAUAUGGAAUAAGCAGGACAUUUGUCACUUGCAACACUGCCAUUAUCAAGGCUGGUGAAGUCAUGUUGAGCAUCAAGGCUGGUGAAGUCAUGUUGAGCAUCAAGGCUGGUGAAGUCAUGUUGAGCAUCAAGGCUGGUGAAGUCAUGUUGAGCAUCAAGGCUGGUGAAGUCAUGUUGAGCAUCAAGACUGGUGAAGUCAUGUUGAGCAUCAAGGCUGGUGAAGUCAUGUGAGGCAUUAAGACUGAAGUCAUGUGAAGCAUCAAGACUUGAAUUCAUAUCAAGCAUUAAAUAACUUCUGAGAGGGUUUCAGACAAGAUUUUCCAGGAAGUUGGACUGAUGGAGAAAGUCUAAAAUAACGUGAUAAGUGUGUGUGUGUGUGUGUGUGUGUGUGUGUGUGUGUGUGUGUGUGUGUGUGUGUGUGUGUGUGUGUGUUGGACGUACACACAACCUGAGAAACUGAUUCCAAAAAAAUGUGUGUGCAUGAAUGUGUAGGACAUCCGAAGUUCCAUGAGAAAUUAUAUACAAGUAUGUAUGUGUGUGUCUAGGACCUGAAAAGAAACAGAACCGAGGUGGGACGAUCGUCUAUAGGACGUUUUGCGUGUAGAACCUUAAAAAGAAGUGCUGUACAGAGGUAACCCCAGGUAUGAUGUGUGUACCUGUAGGAGGUACUAAAGAAUCUAAGGAACUGACUCCUACAAACGUCCUGCAUGUCCUGGAAACCGACUUUGUGGAACGUGCAAAGAAUACGUUGAAUAUAUUGGUGCUCUAUUGAAGCACUUUUCGAGUCAUCUUCUUUACUGUGAUUUUAAACUAUACUUUUAUUUAUUGUUACCUUGUAUACAUAAUUGAAAAUAUAAGUAAAGGGACGAGUUCUUUUUUUUUUUUUUUGUCGUUGGAAGAAGAUUACAUACUGCCAAGCAAAGGUACUGGCUCCUUACUCAAUUCUUAACAUAUUUACAGAGUCUGAAAGCAGUCUCAUUAGUGAAUUAAAUAUGGAGUUAGUGUUUUACUGAUUGCUAACAAAGUUGUAACUCGCAAUUGUAUAUAAAAAUGCGAGAUAGCACAUUUAACGCGACAGUCAUGUAUGAAGGAUCUGUGCCAGAGAAGAACAUUAACACUCACGGUCCUCGUAAUAUUAACUUGCUUUGUUGUUCCUGAAGGCUGUUAGAUAAUAUAACUGCUAGGUGUUUAUAUCACUGAAAAGCUUUGCCUGUUGUCUGCCAAGAACUGUUAACAGCUGUACCUGUCAUGCGCGUGAAGGGUCUCCUAGAGUUGACUGUUGACAGACAUACUGUAUUAGCUGUCAUGAUCUUGGUGUUCUCCUACAGUUGACUGUUGACAGAGGUGUUUGUUAUGAUGACGGGUGUUCUUCUACACUAUACUGCUGAGAGGAGCACCUGUUAUGCUAACAGGUGCUCUAUGCAUAUGUGUGUCAGUCGACUAACUUGUUCCAAGAGGCGGCUAUAUAUAUAUGGUCCAAAAUGUUCCAUGUUUUACUGUUAACGUCUCUUAAUAAUCCUCUUUUUGUACAGUGAAAGUUUUGUGUGAGUUACUUGUUGGUACUUCUUAGAUUUUGUAAAAUGUCUUAGCAAGCAAAUAAAUACAUGAA